AUGGCUCUGGAGACCAUCGCUCAGGAUAUCGAGCUACAGCACCAGACCAAGACCCGGUCUGCGUCGACGGCUAUGCACGGUAGGAGCAUUGUACGAGAAUUUUACAAUCGUACCACGCUUCACAACCGUGUCGAGAUGACGCGCCGCUUGAAUGAGUUCAAGAUGGAGAGCGGCUCGACUAUGUCCAAGUAUCUGGAUGCGUUACUUAAAGAGCCUGUUGACGAAUCGCGACAGCUAGUGGUACUGCUGAGCAUCCUCACGACAGAAUAUGAGCUGACCGUGUUGAUUGUGGAAUAUGCCAAGGUCAUCACGCUAAUCGAAGUCAAGGAGAAGCUGUUGAAGAAGCAUGAACGGUUGAUGACAACGGAAAAAGCGUUUCCUGUUCACGGAAGCGAUGAGCGGUUUUGA